UAAUGCACACCAACUUUCAACGUUGAAUCUUCGAUGGCCGUAGUUUUUCCCCAGGUUUAAAAACCAGAUUUGUUGAAAACGGGGUAGAGUCACGCCCAAAAGAAGAACUUUUCUGAAAGAACAUACUGGUGACCUUUGACACAUAGGUGAUCUUUGACACAUCAAUCAUGUCGGAGUACAGCGAGGAGAGCAUGCUCUCAUCAGAGGGCAGUUUCUGGGAGAUUGGUCAGUUCAGGCGAACGGUUAAGCGAGUUGACGACGGUCACCGACUGUGCAACGAUCUUAUGUUGCUUCUACAAGAACGGAGUGAGAUCGAACGGAAAUACUCAAAGUCCCUAAAGCACUGGUCCAAGAGAUGGAAUGAACUCAUUGAUAAAGGUCCAGAAUACGGCACCAUUAAAUCAGCGUGGAAAUCAACAUUGACCGAGGCAGAUCGUAAAUCAGAAAUCCACCAAGAGAUUGCCAAGAACCUGAUGCAAGACGUCCAUGGAGCGGUUAAGACGUGGCAGAAGGAAAACUAUCAUAAAAAGAUGAUGAACGGAUUCAAGGAGACGACGGAAGCAAUGGAGGGAUUUACAAAGGCUCAGAAACCAUGGGGCAAGGCAAUGAAAGCUGUGAAUGCCAAGAAAGCUGCUUACCACACGGCCUGUAAGGCAGAGAAACAAGCCGUUAGCCAAGAGACCACAGCCAAUAGAGAUACCUCACUCUCACCAGAUCAGGUUAAGAAGAUGAAGGAGAAGGUGGAGAGAUGUCAGUCAGAGAAAGAAAAGAUGGAAGAAAGAUACAACAAAUCUCUGGAGGAGCUGAAGGCUCUUAAUCCCCGCUACAUGGAAGACAUGGGCAUCCAGUUUGACAAGACACAAGUCUUUGAGAAGACGAGAAUCAAAUUCUUUAAGAAUUCACUGAAGGAUAUGCAUAAAGUGCUGGAUCUUUCCAUCAGUCCAAGUUUUGGCCAGGUGUAUACAGAUUUCAUCGCGACGAUAGAAAACGCUGAUGCUGAGAAGGAUCUGAAGUGGUGGAAAUCAAAUCAUGGGACAGGAAUGACCAUGCAUUGGCCGGACUUCGAGGAAUACAAAGAGGAACUCCAUGCAAUCGGAAGUAAACGAGCAACGAUGAAGAAUUCGGUGAGCGGUGGAGGGGACAGUAUAACAGUAAAGACGGUACGGUCUUUGAACGAUGAUUAUAAUAACAGUGACUAUAACGACCCCACGCUCAACGCUUUCAGUGACCGUAGUAGUUAUGACACCCCUAGCCCCUCUUUAAACUCCAAUGCAUUUAAGUGGCCGCAUUACAGCGAUACUACGGAGCCCGAGUCACUGUUCACAAGUAACUUUCCCGGGUAUACCCAGUAUGAUGAUAACGAUGGACAAACAUCACAGGAGUCUCAAGAGAAUGGCGGUGGAGUAGAGGUCAGAGCGUUGUACAAGUAUGAAGGACUUGAAGAUGAUGAGUUGUCCUUUGAUGCGGGUGAUAUUUUAUUGAAGUUGGAAGAGGAAGAUGAACAAGGUUGGUGUAGGGGACGGUACAAAGGAAGAGAAGGUCUGUACCCCAGUAACUAUGCUGAGAACCUCUAGACUCCCUCAACUUGUUUCCUUAAUCAUCAACUCUUCCACUGUGUGGAUCAACAACAUUAUAGUGUGGAUUGAAUAUGCAAGAUAAGCCGUGUUAAGGUCAAAGGUCAGGGCAUACACCCAUCAACUUCAACAAACUUGGAGACUGUACUGUGUUUCCAUCAACUCGUACUCCGGCAUGGAUCAACUAAACUUAGAAUGUGGAUCAACUAAACUUAGAUUGUGGAUAAACUAAACUUAGAUUGUGGAUCAACUAAACUUAGAUUGUGGAUCAACUAAACUUAGAUUGUGGAUCAACUAAACUUAGAUUGUGGAUCAACUAAGAUUAGAUUGUGGAUGAUGCAAGAUUGUAUCUCCAUCUAAUGAGAAGUCGUCCUCGCAAAGUUCACAAUCAUCAAAUGGUCAAAGCAAGUAGCUGUACUGUCUAUUAAUCAACUCAUUGAUCAAAAGCAGAUGUUGAUCAACUAAUUCAACAACGAUUUAUAAAUGAGAGAAUUCUACUCCGAGUUCUAAAGAAAAAAACAUUGGAUUUGCAUUCAAGAUCUUUCCAAAUCAAUAUUACUAUUGGUUUUACCCUCACCCAUGUGUGUUAGCAACGUACACACAGUACUGAGUAAAUUAAUAUUCUCUGUCCCCAAUGCAAAGUUAACAUCUAUUAAAUCCUAAAGGCAGUGGACACUAUUGGUAGUUGUCAAAGACUAGACUUCACAAUAGGUGUU